GACAUGCAUAUACGCAGCAGUGCGCACCCAGAGCGCCGCCGGCCUCGCGCGCCGGGACCCGCCCGCCGCUGCAGCUGCGCUCAGCUCGGCCGGGCUCGGGCCGCGGGGCGGGCGGGGGCGGUGCCCUAUGCAGAUGAGGAGGGUGUGGCGAGAGUGCGGCCGCAGGGCCCCGGAAGCGCCGAGCGGCCCCGGUAUAAAAAAAGUACUGAGGACAUUUCCCCCGCACAACUGCUAAAGCUCCAGAGACGGGAGCGUGUGCGGCGGCGGCGGCGGCGGCGGCAGCAGAAGCCGCCACCUCCGGGACCACCGCGGCUGAGGCGGCGCGGCGCGGGCGGGGUGAGAGGCGGGAGUGGCCCGCAGGCGCAGGCGGCGGGGGUCUGGGAAGGAACUAAGUCGCUCGCCGCUGCCGGGAGCGCACUCGCGGCUCCUGAAGUGUUGCCGCCUCGCAGUUCCUCGCUCGCCGCGCUCCUAGAAGGGGCGGCCGCCUCCAGGACCGACCAGGGCCCAGUGGCGUUCGGCGGGCACUUCAUGGCGGAAGGCGAAGGGUACUUUGCCAUGGCCGAGGACGAGCUGGCCGGCGGCCCUUACAUCCCCCUGGGCGGCGACUUUAGCGGCGGCGACUUCGGCGGCGGCGGCGGCUUCGGCGGGCGCUGCUUGGACUAUUGCGAAAGCCCCACGGCGCACUGCAACGUGCUGAACUGGGAGCAAGUGCAGCGGCUGGACGGCAUCCUGAGCGAGACCAUCCCGAUCCACGGGCGCGGCAACUUCCCCACGCUCGAGCUGCAGCCCAGCCUGAUCGUGAAGGUGGUGCGGCGGCGCCUGGCCGAGAAGCGCAUCGGCGUUCGCGACGUGCGCCUCAACGGCUCGGCCGCCAGCCACGUCCUGCACCAGGACAGCGGCCUGGGCUACAAGGACCUGGACCUCAUCUUCUGCGCCGACCUGCGCGGGGAAGAGGAGUUUCAGACUGUGAAGGACGUCGUGCUGGACUGCCUGUUGGACUUCUUACCCGAAGGGGUGAACAAAGAGAAGAUCACACCACUCACGCUCAAGGAAGCUUAUGUGCAGAAAAUGGUUAAAGUGUGCAAUGACUCUGACCGAUGGAGUCUUAUAUCCCUGUCAAACAACAGUGGCAAAAAUGUGGAACUGAAAUUUGUGGAUUCCCUCCGGAGGCAGUUUGAAUUUAGUGUAGAUUCUUUUCAAAUCAAAUUAGACUCUCUUCUCCUCUUUUACGAAUGUUCAGAGAACCCGAUGACUGAAACGUUUCACCCCACAAUAAUUGGGGAGAGUGUCUAUGGCGAUUUCCACGAAGCCUUUGAUCACCUUUGUAACAAGAUCAUUGCCACCCGGAACCCGGAGGAAAUCAGAGGGGGAGGCCUGCUUAAGUACUGCAACCUUUUAGUGAGGGGCUUUAGGCCCGCCUCUGAUGAGAUCAAGACCCUUCAGAGGUAUAUGUGUUCUAGGUUUUUCAUCGAUUUCUCAGACAUUGGAGAGCAGCAGAGAAAACUGGAGUCCUAUUUGCAGAACCACUUCGUGGGCUUGGAAGACCGCAAGUAUGACUAUCUCAUGACCCUUCAUGGAGUGGUGAAUGAGAGUACCGUGUGCCUGAUGGGGCAUGAAAGAAGACAGACUUUAAACCUGAUCACAAUGCUGGCUAUCCGGGUGCUAGCUGACCAAAAUGUCAUCCCGAAUGUGGCUAAUGUCACUUGCUAUUACCAGCCGGCCCCAUAUGUAGCAGAUGCCAACUUUAGCAAUUACUACAUUGCACAGGUCCAGCCAGUGUUCACAUGCCAGCAACAGACAUACUCCACUUGGCUACCCUGCAAUUAAGAAUCAUUUAAAAAUGUCCUGUGGGGAAGCCAUUUCAGAUAAGAUAGAGGGGGGAAAAAAAAGAAAAGGCUGAGUGACCCAGCCCUGAUUAGGGAUAUGUUUUGUGCAAUGAUGAUCUGCUCCUGGUUUUAAACUUGGCAAAGCUUGUAGAUUUUUCAUAGGUAUGAGGGCAUGAUCUCAAAAUAACCCACCCCACCACCAUCAUUGGAUUCUAUCCUGAAACAAAAGAGACCUGUAAUUAAAAGCAACCCGGAUCUCCUAAAAUAGCAAGGGAAAAAACAAAACAAAACACUUGAUGACAAUAUGGGUUUGCAGUAUCUGCUCCCAUAGCUUUGCCAUAGGAAAAAAGACAAGUGGAGAGUUCCUUAUAAGAUGGAAUUCACGAAAGGGAAAAUACAGAGGAAAAAAGGGUCUCACGCCAACUAAAUUAUCAAUUCAGGAGUUCAGAUAGUAACAACUGUACAGGAAGAGGGGGGACUCCAACAUUGGGAUUACUGUCUGAGGCUUGUAACAAGUGCUUGCUGUGGAACUCUCCCAUUGCACUAAUAGAAACGGCUUGCUCCGAAUGAACAGUAGUAGGUUGGUGCAGUUCUCAUGACAAACAGCAGAACUUAUGAUGACACAGUCCAUUAUUUCCAGCUGCGUGCAUAGCUCACAUUUUUUAAAUGUGAAAAUGCAAGCAAAAACAGCUGUAGCAAAGAAAGUAUGCUCAAGGACCAAAGAUUUAACAGAUAAAAAUACCCAAGUAGAAGAGAGAUAGUAGAAUAUAUAAAGAGUUACUAUAUUUGUUACACACCAAUAUACAUCAAAGUGCCUGUUGCCUUCUGAAAAUUUGAAGUGGAAAAAUUUUAUGGUUUAAUGACUUUUAUCAGGGACUCAAGUAGAAAAUAAAAUAACACAUAAGCUUGUGAAUGGUGGAGGAGAUGCCCUAUUUUUUCUUGGCAAAUACUUGUAUAAAGUUAACCUUGUUGGUGUGAUAUUAUCCUAGGUACAUGUGUAUGUGUGUGUCUAUUAUGUGUAUAUAUAUACAUAUUUGUGAUAUGUAUAUAUACACACAAUACAUUGACUAUGGUCUAGAAUAAUGUAGCAAAUAGGAAUAGGAAAUGUUUAAAUACUGUGUGCUUUUAUGUUUUCAACAGGAUGACAUGAGACGUGGGCAUAUUGCAGUGAUGAAUUAAAAACCCACAUCUAAAAAAAUUAAAGCGAAUGAAGGAGGAAAACAAUUAAUAUAUUUGAUAGGGAGAGCAGAUAUUAUACAUUUUUAGUGAGUGUUUUUUUUUUUUUUUUUUGGAGCCAUGGAAGUCCACAAAUGGGAGAAUAUUUGUUUGGCAGAGAACUCCUUUUUUUUUUUUUAAUACUGAACUGCCAUUUUGACAGUUUGAACCCUUUUACUUUUUGUAAUACUUGCAUACCUCCAUGGUGUAUAAUCCAGUGAUCAUGGGUCAGUGAUAGUCUAUUUAAAUCCCUGACUGCUAAAAAGAAUUUCUGGUGAUCUGAACACUACUUAUUAAUAUUUAAAUGAUUUUUUAAAUGAAUGCAUUGUGCAUUCCAGGACCACUAGAAUUUAGUAAAUGUGAAAUGACCCCUUUUUAAAGAGUAUUUGCACAAGUGCUUAAAAUUUAUAUAUGAGAUAUAUAUUAUAUGUACAAUUUUAUAAAUUCAUGUCAAUACAAAACAUCUUUGAUCUGGUUGUCACACUGCAUUUAAGUAUUUAGUACUGUAGUUUAAAUUCACUCAGUUGGUGUUGAAUCAGAUCCAACUUUAUUUUCUGUUUCCCAGGAGACCAGUUACACCUUUGUGAAAUGAACUGGCAUUACUGUUUCAGUUCAAUGACAGCUAAUCCUAAACCCAUCCCUUCUCCCAGCCUUUAAUUCCUUUGGACACUGGUCUCUGAAAAUGCAUUUGUUAAAAACAAAAUUAACACCUGAAAACCUUCCCUUCAUGUUGUGAAACAGCCACACAGUCCCUACCUACUCUAGUGGAUGACUGCUUAUUCUCAUCAUUCCUCUGAAGAGUCAACGAGAUUUUUGUCAUCAGUUAAAGAGGGAUUGAGGAAGAAAAUAGCAUCAUCCUAUUGGCAGUGUAAUUUUUUGUUAUCUGGGCAUCGCUCAGAUGCUCAGUGCUAGUUUAAUCCAUCUGAACUACCCUUCUUGUGCAUCUUUCUUUGAAGCCUUAACCGGAACUUGAUGGGUUUGCUGUAGCAGCGUCCCUGUGAAUUCUGUCCAAGCUGUAACAGCUACUGCACUGCCGCUCACUGUUUCGUAGGGAACUCUUUCUUCUCCCACGUUGGCUCAGACUCCCUCACUCCAGCCCUGGGUUUGAAGAAUUCAUUGCGGAUUCCCAGGAAAUAUUCCAUUUGCAGGUUAAGUCUGAUACUUAACUGUCAGAAACCAGAGCUCCACCUCCUUACCUGUUUGGACGUUUCCUGAAAGGAAACUAAGGGAACGCUCGGGAACAGAGGAGGAGCAGCUGGUGCUCUGCUGCCUUCCUUCUCCUCCUGACUCUUAACCAAUGAGUCCACUAUUUCAGAGAGAGUCUGGAGGUCUCUGGCUCUGCACUCGCAACAACCUGCUGUUGUUUUAUGACACAGGUUUUUGUUUGGGGAGGCCUUCUUUGAAAAUAUGCUUUUCAUUUGUUCUCUCAGAUAUUUAUGUUCUUUUCUUGCUUACUCCGGGGCUGGUAGCAUAGUUGGAAAUGCCAGCACCUGGCGUUCAGAUAGAACAGGCUGUACUUAAGACAACUUUCAGCAUUUACUCUAAGAUUUAUAUAAUUUAUUUCCCUUUUGUAUGUACUAUAGUCUUGUGCAUAUGUAGUUGAACAAACAAUGGAAUAUAUGUCUCUCUUUGUGGAUGUAUGGCCUAAACAUUUGAAUGUGUGGUGAGCGAGAGCCGUGUGUCAUAGGUCAGAGAAAAGGACAGCUCUCAACUCCCGAUUAGUGCCUGUGAUUUGCUUACCUUUGUGUUUAUCUGGCCAAGUGCGCUGUUACUUUAAAGCAGGAAAAAGUUGUUUUUUUUUUUUUUUUUAAAUCUUCUGGAGGCUUUUCUCACCUGUUCAGUCUGGCAUGUCAGGGAACACUUCACCUGUGACAGUGCCCUUUUAACAAAACUGACUUCAUUUGCAGUAAAAUCUAGUUGCCUCAAGACGUCCUACAUCAAGAUAGACAUUUUCCUUCCAGAAAUGGGAUCAAGUAUUUGCUCAUUUUGGUAUUGGGUGGACUGUUUUAACAUGGCUCCAAAAUUUCAAGGAUGGAAGAACAUCUGUAAGCCAAGCCAAGCCAAGGAGGAAGCGCCAAGAAAAGUGAACAUAACCGUUUUUGCCACCCCUUUCCAUUUGCUUGUUGUAGGUUGCCUUAUUGUGCAUAAAGUUGUUUUCAAUGCACUGCUUGUCAAAUAAAUAUUGUGAACUGUUUUGUAAAUGAAAUGUAUUAUGUUAAAAGCUGUCAGCAGUUCAAAAAUAAGCUUCUUUGUUGUUUGAAGACGACGUGUGUUAGAUGAAACCAAAAAGCCAAAAAAAAGUUAUUUUAUAUAUAGCACCUGUUUGAAUAUAAUCUUUAUGAUCUCUUAUAGCAUAGCCUUUUUAGUGCUAAGAAAGAAUCUCUAUGUAAUAUUUUGUCAUAAUAAUGGCUUGCUAAGAAAGUACAUGGUCAAAGUACAAAGUUGGAAGAUGUCAAGUAACUUGGCAAGACUGGCUGCAAAUCCUUGCAGAAUGGAGGAGGCUCUGCCCGCUGGCUGUCUCUCUCUCCAACCUCUACAACCAUCGUCUGCUCUGAGACGUCCUAAUUGCAGCAAGCUGCACCUGGGGUCACUCUUUCGGAAUACUUUCACUUUAGAUUGUGUCACAGGCAGAAAAGGAGUUGAUGGAGAAUGGACUAUUAAAAACUGACAUAUUUGAAUCAGUGCUAGAGGGAACAGAUUGUGAAUUUUGUUUACAGCAUCCAAUAUUUGGAUUUUUUGUUUUUUUUUGUAAAUAAAAAGAAGUUAUUUUUUUCUAUUGA